CUCCUGACAGAUGAAACAGAAUUCAGAAAUUUUAUUGUUUGGCUCGAAGACCAGAAAAUCAGACAUUACAAGAUUGAAGACCGAGGGAAUUUAAGAAACAUACACAGUGAUGACUGGCCCAAAUCAUUUGAAAAGUACAUGAAAGACGUAAACUGUCCUUUCAAAAUACAAGAACGACAAGAAACAGUGGAUUGGCUCCUCGGCUUAGCAGUGAGGCUCGAGUAUGGAGACAAUGCGGAUAAGUAUAAGGAUUCUACCCCCGACGGUGCUAAAAAUACUGACAAUACAGCAAAAAAUGCAGAACCGCUGAUUAACUUGGAUGUGAAUAAUCCUGAUUUCAAGGCUGGAGUGAUGGCUUUAGCUAAUCUGCUUCAAAUCCAGCGACAUGAUGAUUACUUGGUAAUGCUUAAGGCAAUUCGCAUUUUGGUUCAGGAGCGCUUGACGCAGGAUGCCAUAGCGAAGGCCAGUCAGUCCAAGGAGGGUUUGCCUGUUGCUUUAGAAAAGCACAUUCUUGGUUUUGACACAGGAGAUGCUGUUCUCAACGAAGCUGCCCAGAUUCUCCGACUGCUGCAUAUAGAGGAGCUCAGAGAGCUGCAAACGAAAAUCAACGAAGCGAUUGUAGCAGUUCAGGCGAUUAUUGCUGAUCCCAAGACGGACCACAGACUGGGGAAAGUCGGGAGAUGAACGGAUAAAAGCUUUUAGUCUCUUGUGCACUUAGUACACUUAGGAGCAACGUACAGCUCUGCACAACUCCGGCAUGUGGUUUGAAAGGGUAUUAUUUUACUGUUUUGAAAGAAAACAGGAAAUUGAAUUCUGACUUCUAAUGGAUUAUCAUUUUUCUUUAAAUAAAUGAAGUCGGAGAAAAC